AUCUUACCAUGGGGUGCGGACUAAGAAAACUAGAAGACCCAGAUGAUAGCAGCCCUGGAAAAAUAUUUUCGACACUAAAGAGACCACAAGUGGAAACAAAGACAGACUCAGCUUAUGAGUACAUAUUGCUAGAUUUUACAUUAGAAGGUUCGUCAAAUCCAGAGGUUAUCAAGAUCAGUUCUGUUUUGGAUAUUGCAAAAAAAGUGGAGGAGUAUUACACUAAAGGAUAUGUGGUAGGAGCUAUUCACCCUUUUUUACUGUCAGUUGGACGAAGACGGCAUUUUUCAGCAAGUCGUAUGUAUCGAGUUGUGCUAUUGCGACUCAAAUUGAGCCAGAAGCAUCCACCAUCCAGACAACAAAGACACCCCAGACUUGUGAUUGAGGAGUGUCCCUUAACAUAUGAAAAACUAACAAAUGAGGCCGUAAAGGGACUGUUAGAAAAGAUCAAUGAUGCUGCAAAAAGAGGAAUGAAGUUUGUUGGAUUUAUAACACAGCCUUGUCCUCAGUCUAAUACUUGCAAUGGCACAAACACAGAUGGGAAUACGGAGUUUGAUUCAACGCUAUGCAGACGGAAUAGAGAACAGAGGAGGCACGAGUCAGAUGAAAAUGUUAAAACCUGGAAUGAAGGGACAUUGAGUGGCCAGUCCUCUGAGAGUGGAAUAGAGGAAGAAAUUCAACCAGACAGCGGGCACUCACAAGAGGUUGACUUUCAAGAUGGGAGAGAAGACAGUCCCAGCCCAACUAAAUUAAGGAAAGGAGAAGAUAACAAAUUGUAUACGGUCUUCAAUGUCUUUGAGGAUGAUUCCACCUGUUGGACCUAUCAUGAGGGUGUUUUGUCCCUAAAAGUGUCAAGGAAAGGAUCCGUGAUUAGUACUUUGGAUGCCGAUUGGCUAGAAUUAACCACAUUUUAUUACAAACAAGGGUUGUCAUUAAUUGACUCAUUUGUAUGCUGGGAAGCUUCUAAAGCCGACUACUUGCCCAAAUCAUUAGAGGGCUUAUUUAUAUAUGAAGAAGAAGGCUCAGGAGUUCCAGGUUCAAACAGGAAAGGAAAUGAUGCAAUUGUUGUAGAACAAUGGACUGUCAUUGAGGGCAAUGAAAUCAAAACAGAUUAUGGUCCGUUACUACAUACUUUGGCUGAAUUCGGUUGGCUUUUAACAUGUAUCCUGCCUACUCCAAUCAUCCGACUGGACAGUGAGGGAAAUCUGGCCACUAAGCAAGUGGUUUUCCUUCAGAGGCCUGUUACGUGGACUCCAGCUGUCCAGACGCCUGAGAGGAAAGCUACCAGGCAACUCAAAGAAGAAAAAGGCAAAGUUUCAAGCAGAAGUGUUGGAUUAGACACAGCUACUUCCCAGCCCACACAAAAUAAAUGCUCUACAGAUGAGUUUCAUCUAUCUCCUUCUACACAGAAUUGGGCCAAGGACGGACCCGUCCAGUAUGGAAGUUUCCCUGGAUUCAGCAGCAGUGACAGCGUGCUAAGAGAACUGGAUGAUGGACAGUUUGACCAAGAAGAUGGAGUCACUCAGGUCACUUGUAUGUGACCAGAAACUGGGUUAGAGGGACCUGUACAUAUUUCAAAGAAAUAUAAAAAUAGGAUUUACUUUUUAUAUGCAUUGGUAUAGUUCUCUCCUUUUCCGCUGCCAAAUAUGUGUACAUUGUACUCCGCAUUCCCUAACUCUCUGCAAUUGUGCUGAUAGAACAGCUUUAUUUGUGUAGUAGUAUUUUAGCAGAAGGGUUCAUUUUUAAGUCUACUUUCUUGGGAUGUCACAGUCCUAGAACACGGUAGCACUGAUAAUGAUCUCAGCAGCCCUUCUGACAACUGGAAACAACUGCAGAUAGGAUUUUGGUUUGUUUUAUUGAAAAACAUGACACUUCCUGCAAAGUGUGGAAAUAUGUUACAAUAGCAUUGCCCUAACAUACUAUUAUAAACAUAAGGUUUAAGAAUGAAUUAAAAUCG